AUGCUGAGAGCUGCUGAGGAUGUUAGCAAGGAACCAGACUUGUCUUCUAAAAAUGAGGAAGUAGUCAGCUGGGAUAUUAAUGACAUCAAACUUCCCAAGGAUGUGAAACAGACAGAUUGGUUUCAGGAAUGGCCAGAUUCCUACGUAAAAUACAUCUAUAGCGCAGAUGAUAAAAAUGCUCAGAGGCACCUGAGUAGCUGGGCAAUGAGGAACACCAACAAUCACAACUCGCGCAUAUUAAAAAAAUCCUGCCUUGGUGUUGUGGUCUGUGAUCAUGAUUGUUCAGCCUCUGAUGGAGGGAAGUUGUAUCUGAGACCAGCCAUAUGUGACAAGGCCAGGCAGAAGCAGCAAAGGAAACCAUGUCCUAAUUGUAAUGGACCUUUGAAACUUAUUCCAUGUCGAGGCCAUGGUGGAUAUCCUGUAACAAACUUCUGGAGACAUGAAGGACGGUUCAUAUUUUUUCAGUCAAAGGGAGCUCAUGAUCACCCAAGACCAGAAACAAAACUGGAAGCAGAAGCAAGGAGGUCAAUACAAAAAGCAUAUAUUUCAACUUCUCCAAGACUGAAGAGGAACAGAGAGAUGGAGUCCCUGACAGGAGAGAUGCAAAGUGAUGAUACUUUACUGUUAAUUGUUCCCAAACAUGAAGACCAGAUAUCGCACAGUAACUUCAGUGGAUAUUUCAGAGAGAAUCCGUCUCAAGAGCUAAAUAAUUGCUUGACUUUUGCCAAAGGCUUCAAUUCCGCAAUGUCACCCUAUCUAACUGAGCACACUCAAGACAUGGGCUACAGCAAAUACAAGUACAAGCCAGUUGGAAGCAGUGAAUAUGAUUGUGGAGACCCAGUGGAAUUGUUAGCAUCUGACUGUUCUGAAUACGGGGAACCAGAAAGUUGGAAUAGAAACCUUGACCUAGGAAGACAUCUUCCAUCAAUGAAAUAUGGCAGUGGCUGUUCUACAUUUCUUGCGGGUCUACCCUGCGAGACACUGUCUUCCUUUAAUACAAUUGAUUUGAGUCCCCAACAUGUUCCUAGUAGGUGGGAAUCUUCAGUGAAGGUUGGUUACUCCUCAUUUAGAUCUACUGGAAAUAUACUUGGGGAAGAUAAGUAUGAAAUCAAAGCACCCCUGUUCUGUCACAGCGGCCAUGUCCCUUCCUCCUUUUGCCAGCUGUCUCCAGAAGAUCCUUGCCUUAUUGGAGACCCAGCCCAUCACUAUUACCAGAAUUCCUUGCCUGUAAAAGGGAAUGAGUGGUCUUCCGAGGAAGACAGAAAGUAUACAAAUCUUGACCACUGCAAUUAUGAGAAGUUUUUUAACUUCUUUCCUGUACGGUGA